CGUGGCGUAGUGAACUUUGAACUAUCCUACUGAACUUGACGGUUGAAUUACGAUGGCUUCAACCGUGCUUAUGCCCAGCGGCAGCAAUGUCUCUGUCAAAGUCCACCCCGUAGUUCUAUUUGCAAUUUGCGAUGCCUAUACCCGCCGGAAGGAGCACCAGGACCGUGUGAUCGGCACACUGCUUGGCGUAGUUGUGGACAAUGUGAUCGAGGUUAAGAACUGCUACGUGGUGCCGCACAAUGAGAGCUCGGAGCAAGUCAUGGUGGACGUUGUACACCAUAAGACAAUGUUUGACUUGCACCAAAAGGUGGCGCCGCACGAGGCCAUCGUCGGCUGGUUUGCCACGGGGUCGGAGCUCUACAACAGCGAUGCGCUGAUCCAGGAGUUUUACAGCAAGGAGUCGACGCAUCCCGUGCACAUGGUUGUCGAUACCACGCUUAAAGACGACAAGUUCAGCGUCCAGGCGUACACGUCUCGCACGCUAGCGUUGGGCGAGAAGGCGCUGGCCACGGAGUUUGUGGAGAUCCCCUGCGACACCAUCUACGGCGACAUUGAGCGCGUUGGAACCGAGCUGAUGCUGACGGGCUUCAACGACCCCAGCCCGGAGGCCAAGAAGGACACCGCCAACAAGUCAUUCAGCGAGGAGUCGGAGACGCUGGGGGCCUCCAUGGGGCGGCUCGCGGAGCUGGUGGCGCGGGCGGCGGAGUACGUGGACAGCGUCGUGUCCGGCAAGGUGGCUGGCGACCCCGCCAUCGGUCGCUACCUGGCCGACACGCUGGCGCUGGUGCCGCACCUGGCUCGGCCCGACUUCGAGCGCCUCUUCAACGAGAGCGUGCAGGACGCCAUGACGGCGACCUACCUGUCCGACCUGCUGCGGGCCCACGUGGCCCUGGCGGAGCGCCUGGGUACGGCAGCUUGCCUUUUACAAUCAGCGCAUGCAGAUGGAGGGAGAAGCAAUGGUUCUGACUCUUCCACUGGUAGUGGCUUGCUGACGUGCGGCUGGCGGGCUGGGAUACUGGGGUUACUGAGAGGUCAUGUGUUUUCUCUCAGGGUGGGUUGUUGGGCUCUUGGAGGGAUUGGGAGACUGUUGCUGCCGUACUGCUCGAGGUUGACGACUGGAUGUCCGACGUCCGUGUCAGUGGAGUGCAGGACUGCAGGCACGUGGAGGAGGGUGAUUGCGGUGCUUGCGGUUGUCCGGUGUCGGAGCUUAAUAGUUGCAGAGGGUUCGUUACAAAAGGGCCAAGAGUUCUGUCGAGGGAUUGUACGGCAGAGGGUGAGGGGGCCGGAGGGAAAUGAGGGUGCAGGGAUGCAGGAUGUGAUGGUCAUGAACAUGCCACCUGCCUGUGCUAAUGCCCAAUGCUUCCGUUGCAUGAUGUCUUUGCUCCCGCUCUUCUUCGGUCAGUUGUGCCGAGGGGAGAAGGCAAAGGAAGGGGGCGAGCCCUCCUUUUCGUACGUGCGGUUGCUGGGACGCUUGGCUGCCGGCUGACGGAUGAUGGGGUGGCUGCCUAGUCACAUGCGCAACAUGCGUUUGCAACCAACCAUGCGCCUCCAGUUGCGUAGGUUGUUUUCAGUGGCAUUGCGUCAAAAAGCACCGUUGUUUUGGGUGGUGCUAUAUCAGGCAAUGGGUUACUUGGCUAAUAGGUGGAGACAUGGAUGGAUGAUUGACGAAUAUGGGCAAACAUGCAUACAGACUAGCGAGCUGUAGCGGCCGCACUUUGGUCUUCCUGGUCUUCUUGUUGUUAUCAAGAAGUGACGUCACAUGGGCUUAUUUCCGCACUUACGGGGCCGCGGGCAAGUCGGCUCUCACCUGUCUGCGGUUGAGGCAUGCGAUCUGGCAGUGGAGGGGACCGAUGACUGUACUACGCCCACAUACUAGGCUAUAUUGGGGUGUCUGAUAAUGUCUUGACAUUCGGAUUUCGUCGGGGGACGGCUUCUAGCAAAGGAGUGUGCCGGAGGCGUCGUUCUAACCAAAAAACGUAGUCUGCAUGGGGGUAAAGCAAGGGGCUGGCAGGGGCAGACUAUAUCCGGGGCGUUAUGUUGUCAGUCGACAUGGGCAAAGUCCCCUGUCACGUGUGUAAGGAGUAAUUUAUUUUCCCGCCGCUUCUCAAGCGACCUUUGGUGGCAUUGGUUCAGCUGGUCUUAUGGUGAGAAGUGCCGUACGUCUUCAGCUC